UAUAAAACACCUAGAACACUUAUCAUCUCCACUCACUAUCAUACUGCAAAUUUUCUAACUCUGAGAUCUCCAUAAAAUAUUAUGGCACAAUCAAAGAAAUUCAGAGGCGUCAGGCAACGCAAGUGGGGCUCCUGGGUCUCUGAAAUUCGCCACCCUUUACUGAAGAGGAGGAUAUGGCUAGGCACGUUUGAGACAGCUGAGGCAGCAGCAAGAGCUUACGACCAAGCAGCUAUACUAAUGAGUGGCCAAAAGGCAAAGACCAAUUUCCCUAGGGGUGACUUGGAAGAGACAAGUAGUGAUCAUCAUCACUGCAGUAAUAAUGAUCAGUUUCCAUUGCCUCCCGAGUCUCUUUCUAAGCUGCUCAACACCAAGCUUCGCAAAUGUUGCAAAGACAUUUCUCCUGCUUCCGUCACAUGUUUAAGGCUUGACAACGAAAACUCUCGCAUUGGAGUGUGGCAAAAGGGAGGAGCUGGGUCUCGUUCAAGGUCGAAUUGGGUCAUGAAUGUGGAGCUUGGAAACAAGAAAACACAAGUGAUGGAGGAUGGAUUGUCACUGUCAUCAAUAUCAUCAUCGUCACCAGCGGUUAGGAUGGAACCUGGAAAUGGUACAGAUGAAGAGGAUAGAAUUGCAAUGCAAAUGAUAGAAGAACUACUUAACUGGAAUUGACCUGAAAGGCUGUGUAACCUCAUCAUCUUCUGGUGGGGAACCCUUCAGAUAAGACAAAUAUACAUUGCUCCCUGCAGCUCUAUAAUUAUGUAUGUAAGAAUACAUGUGUCUCCUUGCUCAACUUACCUUACAUAUGUAGCAAAUGGUUUCUGGAACGUAAUUAGUCCUUGGAAAUGGAAAAUUAACGUACACAUUCACCUAUACAUUUAGUUUUUCUUUAUAUUUUUUCUUUUAUUUAACUGGAAUUUUAACUCGGA